AAAUAAACAACAAAUAAAAGAAGAUAGAAUAUCGCCAACUGCUCAUUACAGAGAGAAAGAAGCCAAAAUUCAGAACCUGAUUAUAGUUUUCCACUACUACCAAAAUAACUUCUUUCUACAGAACAAUACCCUUUUGCAUUCUCUUUCUCCUUCUUACGAUAAAAUAUCUAAACAAAACCUCAUUUGUCAAGCUUAAUUGCUGCAUUUAUUUGGUUUUUAUAAGGAAAAUAUUCUCUUGGAAACAUUUUACCUGUGGAAAGAAAGUAACUACUAGUUACUAGUUAGUAGUUACUAGUGGUUUUCCUGGCUUCUCUUUAGACAAAAUGAGUGCGGGUUUGAGAGGGUCCUGAAAACAUUUAUUCAUUUUCUUCAAAGGUUUUCAACCCUUUGAAUCUAACAAGCCCCACAGAUAAACAUCAGCGAAGGCUCCUAAAUUCACGGCCAAAGUGGAGGGGGAGUACAAAGUUACUCAAUUGCCCUUAUGGUCUCUGCAACUGUAGUAGUCCAUUAGGAGUAUUUGUGUAACUUUAGCACUACCUGGCAUUAUGUUUGUAGGACCCUUUAUGACUAAAAUUAUGUUUUCAUGAGGUUGUUAUGAGAUUGAUGGUGUAGCAUUAUGGAUAAAGAAAAGAUAUGAAAUGGGCAAGCCCUGAUUGGUUUUGUGGGUCAGGGAGCAUUGAAGUAGAGAAGUGAAAGCUCAAAAUAGGCAUACCGCCAUUUUCCACUUUGUGCCCAUAAGGGUAUAGUUAAAAAAUUAUGCAGACUCCAAAAGGAAGCAGAAGUGGCUCCUCAGAAGCUCUGCAAAAAGUCCGUCCUCAAGCUGUACGCCAACUGAAAACAACAGGACUAGAGUUUGACUCUGCAUCUUCAUCAAAUCAGACUAGAACUCCAAAAGAUAGAAGCCCUAAAGUCGUUGAUCGCCGGUCACCCAGAAGCCCAGUGACUGAGAAGAAGCGGCCAAGCAGAAUAUCUGAAUUGGAAUCUCAGGUUUCUCACCUUCAGGAGGAACUUAAAAGGGCUAAGGACCAGCUAAGUUUAUCAGAAUCAUGGAAGAAGGAAGCUGUGGAAGAUGCCGAGGAGUCCAAGAAAAAACUAUUAGCCAUAUCUUCAAAGCUAGAAGAGUCGCAGAAGCAACUCCUUGAAUUCUCUGCUUCUGAAGAAGCUCGUGUUAUUGACCUUCAAAAAGUUACGCAAGAACAAGAUCAAGCAUGGCAGUCUGAGCUUGAGGCUACCAAACAGCAGCACCCAGUUGACUCAGCUGCAUUGGCCUCUGCCUUGAGUGAAAUCCAACAGCUGAAGCUUCAGCUUGAGAUGGUAGCUGAAUCUGGCGCUGCCCAGAACAAGCAUACAGAAUCAGCAGAUGUGGAGCUCCAGACUUUGAGAGCAAAUCUAAUGGAUACUCUUUCUCUUGUGGAGAACAUGAAGAACCAGCUACAGGAUACCAAAGACUCGGAGGCCCAGGCCCAAGCAUUGGCUAGUGAAACCCUACUGCAACUGGAGACUGCAAAGAAAUCUGUUGAGGCACUCAGAUCAGAUGGUUCAAAAGCUAUUGAAGCUUAUAACUCCAUUGCUUCAGAGUUAGAUCAGUCGAGGGCACGUGUGAAGCUACUGGAAGGACUUGUUCUCAAACUUGAGGCAGACUUACAUAAUGCCAAUGGUAGCAUAUUUCUAGAUUCUGCAAAUGUCCAUGAGGAGGCCAUUGUUGAAAAUCAAAGGUCACAAGAAGCAAACCAGCUUGAAGCAGAGGUUAGUUCCUUGAAAUCUGAGGUAGGACAGUUGAGAUCCUCGCUGCAGGCUGCUGAGACCAAAUCCCAAGAAGAACAAAAUAACAGCACAGCGCAGAUAAAAAGUGCUUAUGAGCUGGUGGAACAGAUAAAAACUGAAUCUCUUCUCAAAGAGUCUGAGCUGGAGGCAGAACUAAAGCAAACAAAAGCUGAUAUUGAAGAAUUGAAGGCGGACCUUAUGGAUAAGGAAACUGAACUGCAAGGAAUUUCAGAGGAGAACGAAGUGCUGAAUAUGAAACUUAAGAACAUCUUAUCUUGCCGAGGAGAAUCUGAACUAGAGAAUGAAAUUAGAAAACUGAAGGAAAAUGUUGCUGACUUAAAGGCAAGUCUAAUGGAUAAGGAGACAGAACUGCAGAAUAUACUGGAGCAAAAUGAGAUACUGAAGGUGGAAAUUAGUAAAAGGGAAAUGAAUGGGACAAAUGAGAUGGAUGUAGAAUUGGAAGUGGCAAGGGCUGCUGAGAGAGAGGCUCUCAUGAAGCUUGGCUUUAUGAUGGAGGAGGCAGAUAGAAGCAAUAAAAAGGUUGCGAGGGUGACUGAGCAACUUGAGGCCUCACAGGCAGCUAAUUCUGAAAUGGAGGCAGAGUUGAGAAGGCUAAAGGUGCAGUCUGACCAGUGGAGAAAGGCUGCAGAGGCAGCUGCCGCUAUGCUUUCUGCAGGAAAUAAUGGGAGAUUCAUGGAGAGAACUGGUUCACUGGACAGCAGCUAUAAUCCUGCUACAGGAAGGAUUGGUUCACCUUACAAUGAAGACAUGGAUGAUGAUCUGUUAAAGAAGAAAAAUGGAAAUAUGCUGAAGAAGAUUGGGGUCUUGUGGAAGAAGCCUCAGAAAUAGAAUACAUGAGGUAGGUAGAAUGUUUGCUCAAUUGGGUUAUUGUGUUGUUUAGUUGAUGCCAAUUUUGCUAUGUUGAUCUUCUUUUGCUUGUGUUAGAUAUUAAGCAACAGCAAAAUUCAAUUUACCGAAGCAGAAAUUAGCAUGUAUUUUUAGUUCGUCUCCAGUAGCCGGAGUAGCUUAGUCUAUGCUGGUUGAUUUCCUUAUACCCAUGAUCACCAUAUUGUGGUAGUGAUUUUCCUGUUCAUAUUUCAAAACUGGCUUCAAAAGUUCCAAUUGGAAAUGUAGAGGAGAUGUGCAUCAACUCAAGGAAAUGGAAAACCAAAUCAUAUAUAUUUAUCUGCAUGUAAACUUUCUACGGAGUUGUGGUGUUGAAAAAAUUGCCUUUUGCUGAUAAUAUUGCUUGGUCAGAAAAUGCUUAAAUGAAUUCAAGUUUUUUACUUUCUGUUGUUUUA